CCGCCCGUCGUCAAAGACGCAUUGAAAACUGGCAAGCAAGAAUUAUACUUUUAGUGCAUGUUACUUUAUCCGUUCGGUCACAUGUUUUAGAUGUGUAAAAUCUGAAUGCAUACGUAGAAGUGUUGUCACCGACAGAUGUGUAAAACUGUAUGAAAAAAGAAGGCUAAUAAAUAAAGCCCGAAUAUGAAUGAGCCAAGCCCUGAACGACAAAAUGCAAUCAAUCAAAAUAUUGACGAGGGGAUUCGGCAGGUGAUUGACGGCUUCGUGAACAAAUCUCAAGAGACCACAGAAUCGCUGGUCAAAUCGUUCACCUAUCUCACGAUGGAUCAUGUACUGGAAGCUGAAUCCAAGAAAAAUAAAGCAACUGUCUCUCCUGUUGUCAACAGUAAGGAGAAACCUGUCUGUCUCUCCACAGCACAGGAGAUAACGAGGCAACUCCUUCACACAGACAUGAUACACAGACAGAUGAUGAUGGUAUAGAAGAACAGGCUCUAGAUGAAGGAACCAAGUCUGGCACGAUGACUGAUGGAGCCGUUCACCGUGGCAGCCGUCCACAGAGAAAAUUUGACAACUUUGUUGAUGAUGCUGGUAGUGAUGGCGAUGAUGAUGAUGAUGAUGAUUUAUCAGGUGGAGGAUACAGUGCAAGCUUUUCUGAGACAGGUAAAUCUGUAACUGAAGGGGAGAUAACUCAGCCCAAGGAAGAGUUUUUGAUAAAAGAACAGCAGUUGCCCCAUGCAACACAGCAAGCUACAGAGUGUGACCUGAGUAUGUUAGUGGACCAGCAGUAUGAUGCGGACUGUGUAGAUGAUGAUGAUGAUGAUGUUGCUGCUCAUCUUAACCCUGGAGAGGUCGAGGUUCCUCCGGAGAAUGUUCCUACAGAGUUAGAACUGCUUCAGGUUACAAGUCUUGACUUAGCCACGACUCGGAAAACCAGCAGUGAGAACACACCGCAGUCCGAGGAUCAGGUGUGUUCUGACCAGGUGGAGGCCUUCUGUUUAGACGAGGACUUUGACUACGACAAUGUGAAACUGACUCCCAAGUUUACACCUCAGGAAUGGCAACAUCUACAAUCUUUCAUACCCGCAGAUAGUAAACCCAGCUGAUGUCUAAGGCUGACGAAAAUUUGCAAUAAGUGUGUAAAUAUUCAUGUAAAAACAGAAAAAUCAUGUAUACAUCCUAAAUAAAAUAUGUUUCAUUCAUA